AUGAAAUUAUAUAUUAUUUUAACUAUUUUAUUAUUUACCAAUUUCUGUUUGUUUGUAAAUUCAGCAACUUUUAAAAAUGACAAGUUCUAUAGAAUUACCAAAUGCGAUCCAAAUCAAAAGUGUAAAUACACGUUUAGUUUGGUAGGUGGAGAAAAUCUGGGAUCAGACGGAGAAAGUGGCUCAGGUAAAAUCCACGCAGACUCUAUCAAAUUCGAUGAUUCAUUCAACGAUACUUUUAGAACUGCCCGCCAACUAGAUGAAUUACUAGACACACCGGAGACACUUGUUGUACGUGGCGUCUUCACCAAACAACUCAGAAGCUAUUCAUUCACAAUAGUCGAUCUCUUCAAGGAGUUGCCACUUCCCGAUUCAUCGGCAGCUCCACCAGCAACUGGAAAACUCUACUACCUCCAAUCGAAUGUAUUACUAUGUCGAUUUGGAAACUGUGGAUCAAUGGAUGCCGUCAAUGUCAAUGAUAAAGACGAUGUGGUUGCAGUGAAAGAUUUGUCCGAUCCCUAUGUAACGAUCGAGGGUUUCGAUGGCAUUUGGUAUCGUGAUGCACUCACCGAUCGUCGUAUAAUGAUACAGAUCGAGCCAAACACCAAUAUCAAAGUGGUGAGAUCGUAUGCACAGAUUGUAACUGGUCAUGCUUGUCGUGUUUCCGGUAACCUCAUGUGCAGAUCCGACCAAACACCGGUCUAUAAACGUGAUGAAUACCUUUGUACACAUCCAGAUGGCUGUGUAGAUUCACCAAAGUCAUGUGACGUUUCUACUCUCCAAUGUCCAGCUGGAUACAAGCAUAUUUCUAUUCCAAUGAGACCAACUGGUUGCAAAGUAAACUAUUGUGAUCCACCAUUCUUACAUUGA